AUGGCUACUGUGACUGCAACAUGGUCUCCGAGCUCGCUCCAGCUUCGUUUGGCUUUAAAUUACGGCAAUUGCACUAAAACCUCCCCCAUUCUUGUACGGAUGCGACUGGGGAAGCUGGAUCAUCGGGCUCGAGUGCUCUGUGUUGCUCAAGACAGAGAGAGGCCUGGGAAUGGAUUGGAACCCCGUCGUGAUGGUAGUUCGUGGGUCGGGUCAAACUCGACCGCUGAUGGGUUUAAGGGGUGGUCCGAUUCCGAUGAUGGAGGGGAUGCAUUGGAUUCACAGAGGAGGAAAUGGUUUGGAGGGACUGUGGGAGCUGGAGUAGCAGGAGCCGUUUUUGUUGUGGGGCUUACUUUUGCAGCAUUGUCUUUGGGAAAACGAAACAAUUCCAGACCAGAACAAAAAAUGGAGCCCUUAACAGCACAGCAGGAGAUGUCAUUGACUUAUGAUGAUCAAAAUGAUAGAAGCACAGAAGAUGUAGAUGAUCAAAGCAAUAUGAAACAUGAUGCUAGUAGUAGUCCAGAAGGAAGGACAGGUACUUUUGAGGAUUCUUCUUCAUCUACAGAAAUUGAUGAGUCUCUUAGUGAAAUUAGAGUUGGUAAUGAUAAUGAUAUAAGGGAUUUGUCAGCACAAGAUUUUAAGAACACAUCCAGAGACACUGACGCCAUCAAUAAUACAUCCAUUCAAGAAGAUUCACCACAUGAAUCAACUUCUGAUGACAAGUUACUAGAACCUGAAACAUCCACAAGGCAAUUUAAUCUGCCUGAACCGGAAAAUGGAAAUGAUUCAUUUGUUGCCUAUGGGCUUGAGGAUGUUGACAGCAGCCUCACUGUAGGUACAGGAGAUUUGGCUUCUGUACUUAAAGAGAACCUAGUCAGUGUGGAACCAACCAACUUGCCAGCCUAUGAUGCUAAUCCUUCAAACCUUAGCUUUGAACCCCAGGAUGGAAUACCUGAGACUAGUGUACAAAAUGAACCUAUAGGUCUGGAUGUUUCAGUUGCUUCGCAGUCCAACACAAUUUUAGAACCUCAGAUUUCGUCUGAAGAUAGUAUAGGGACUGUAGCCUCAUCUUCAACCAAAGAAAACCUUGACCUGAGCACAUUGCAGGGCUUAGCUGAGGGAAUCAGUUCAUCCCUGGAAGGGAAUAUCAUAAGUGAAACUCUACAGGUGCUUCCUGGAAAGGUUUUGGUUCCUGCAGUUGUUGAUCAGGUUCAGGGGCAGGCAUUAGCAGCGCUGCAAGUGUUGAAGGUCAUAGAGGCUGAAGUUCAACCUGGUGACUUGUGUACUCGUCGUGAAUAUGCUCGUUGGUUGGUUUCUGCAAGUAGUGCUCUUUCAAGGAACUCAAUUUCUAAAGUAUAUCCUGCAAUGUAUAUUGAGAAUGUUACCAAGCUUGCAUUUGACGAUAUUACACCUGAAGACCCUGAUUUUUCAUCCAUUCAAGGGUUGGCUGAAGCUGGACUUAUCUCAAGCAAGUUGUCAAGAAAUGAUAUGCUUUCUUCCUUAGAUGAAGAUGAGAGUCCAUUCUACUUCUCUCCUGAAAGCCCUCUAUCACGCCAGGAUCUUGUAAGUUGGAAAAUGGCCCUAGAGAAAAUAAAUCUCCCAAAAGCUGACAAGGAGGUCCUCUACCAAAUUUCUGGAUUUAUAGACACCGAUAAGAUACAUCCAGAUGCGUGUCCUGCACUUGUUGCUGACCUAUCAGGAGAGCAGGGUAUUAUUACCCUUGCAUUUGGUUACACCAGAUUAUUCCAGCCAGAUAAGCCAGUAACAAAAGCCCAGGCUGCUAUUGCCCUGGCAACUGGAGAGUAUUCUGACUUAGUUAGUGAGGAGCUUGCACGUAUUGAAGCAGAAUCUAUAGCAGAGAAUGCUGUGGAUGCACAUAAUGCUUUAGUAGCUGAAGUUGAAAAGGACGUGAAUGCAAGUUUUCAGAAGGAUCUUUCCAUAGAGAGGGAAAAAAUUGACGCCGUGGAGAAAAUGGCUGAAGAAGCAAGACGUGAGUUGGAAAGGUUAAGAUCUGAGAGAGAGGAAGAUAAUGUUGCCUUAAUGAAGGAACGUGCAGCUGUUGAAUCACAAAUGGAAGUUCUGUCAAGGUUAAGGCAUGAGGUUGAGGAACAAUUGGAGAGCCUUUUGAGUAACAAAGUAGAAAUAUCCUAUGAAAAAGAAAGAAUUAGCAAACUUAGGAAAGAAGCAGAAAAUGAAAGCCAGGAGAUUGCCCGCUUACAGUAUGAUCUAGAGGUUGAACGGAAAGCCUUGACCAUGGCCAGGGCUUGGGCUGAAGAUGAGGCAAAAAGAGCAAGAGAACAAGCUAAAGUACUUGAGGAGGCUAGAGAUCGCUGGGAGAGGCAGGGCAUCAAGGUAGUUGUUGACAAUGAUCUCCGUGAAGAGGCCUUGGCUGAAGUUACAUGGCUCGAUGCUGGCAAGCAGUUCUCAGUUGAAGGAACUGUCAGCAGGGCUGAAAAUUUGAUGGGCAAGCUGAAGGCAAUAGCAACAAAUAUAAAAGGAAAAUCCAGAGAUAUAAUUGAUAAAAUCAUCCAAAAGAUAGCCUUACUUGUAUCCAAUUUGAGGGAAUGGAUUCCCCAGGCUGGAAAAGAGGCCGGAGAACUGAAAGAUGCUGCCAUUUCGAAAGCCAGUAGAUCAGCCCAAGAGUUGCAGCAAAGUACCUUGGAGUUUAGCUUGGCUCUCAAAGAAGGUGCAAAGCGCGUCGCCGAAGAUUGUAGGGGAGGAGUGGAGAAACUCACCCAGAAGUUUAAGACAUGA